AUGGAUAAGUUUAAAAUUUGUAAGAAAAGGAUCUUGGGAAGUUUGAAGAAAAAUAAAUUUAUUAAAAAGAAAUAUGAGAAAUUUAAGGAAAGGAAAGAUUAUGUAGAAAAUGAUUUUAUUACGAAUUCAAUAAUAAAAUAUCUUAAUAAAGAGAAAUAUGAAAAUAAAACGAAGAAAGUCGAAAUUAAUGAAUUUAUAGGUGAGGAUGAAAAUUUAAAAGUAAAGUUAUAUGGAAAAGAAGAUAUAAAAGAAGAGGAUAUCAUAAAACGUUGUUUAUUUUGUGAUAAAGAUAACAAAAUAUUGGAACAAUUAAGUUAUCGAAUUCUAUAUGAUGUUAUGAAAAAAUGUAUAGAUCAUGAAAAUGUUUUAAUGAAAAUUGAAGAAUUAGGUUUUACUGCUGAUAAUAUAAAAGAUGAAAAAGAUGAAAAUGUUAAUAUUUGUUCAAAAUAUAAAGUAGAUACCUUUUUAGAUUAUAUAUAUAAAAAUUUAAAUGUUAUAAAAUUUAGUAAGAAUUUUCAAGGUUUAUGUAAAUUUAUUUAUCUAAUAAAAUCAGUUAUAUUUAUUAUUCCAUAUGUGUACAAAGUGAAGUUUUUAUUUUUGUUCUGUUCUCUUUUUAAUAUAUACCAAAAAGAAUAUGAAAGUGGAAAACAAAAUGAUACAAACAUUCAUAAUAAAAAUAAUAAAAAAGAAUAUAGCAAUUUAAUAAAUAUUGUAGAUGAAGAUGAAUUUUUUACUCUAUAUUUUGAAUUAAUUAAUCAGCUUAUUAAUUUAAAGGAUAAUUAUAAUUCUUAUGAUGAAAAUUAUAAAAUUUUCAAUUAUUUUGUUUUACGAUGGAUUUUAAUAUUUUUUAAGAAUAAAAAUCAGUUUUUCCUUUCCCAAAAAAAAAUGAGCUCUUUAAUUAAAUCAAAAUAUGUAAUUUUAUUAUUUUCGUUAUUAAAAAAUUUACAUGAAAGUUCAAAUACGUUAGGAAAUUUUGAUAUUUCUACAAAUGAAAAGGAUAUAUUAUUAAGUGUUAAUAAAAAUAAUGGACACAUGUUAAAUCAAUCCUAUAAUAAUAUGAGUAACAAUGAGCCAUUUUUAACCCAAAAUAUUAAUGAAAGUAAUUAUAUAAAUAAUAUGUAUAAUAAUAAUAUGAAUAAUUAUAGUUAUGAUGAUAAUAUGAAUGAUAUAAAUUUAUUGGAUAAGCUAAUUCUAAACGUAUCGAAUAAAAAGAACAAGGAAAACCAAAUUAAUAUUAAUAAAAGUGUAUUAAAUGAUAAAAUAUAUAAUAAUAUAUCAUUUUUAAAAAAUAUGAUUGUAACGUUUUAUGAUAAAGUGGAUAUGAAUAUAGAAAAGGAAAUUAAAGAAGUAAAAGAUAAUAUGAAUGAGUUAACACAAAAUAUAUUUAUAAAUGUUUAUAAUAUAUUAAACUGUACACAUUUGAUACAUAAACACAUGAUUCUUUUAUAUUUUUCUUUUAAUUUUUUAAAGAUGUCUUCAUAUGAAUAUUCUUAUUUUAUUGUUGUCAAUGCUUUUAAUAUACUUAAUAAUUUAUUAACUGUUCAAAAUUUUGUAAUACAUCCAUUACUAUUCUUAUGUAUCCAAGAAGUGUUAACGUUUUAUGAAAAUAUCAUUAUUCAUUUAUAUAAAGAAAAAGGUAAUGAAUUAAAUGAGGAGUUUUAUAUAUUUGUACAAAAGUUUAAUAAUAAGCAUAAAAAUAUUUAUUCAAAAUUAAUUAGAAGAAUAUGGAGUUUAUAUAUGUUAAUAAUAUCUGAUGAUUAUGUGAAAAAUAGUUCUAAUAAAGAGGAUAUGAAAAUAAAUGUUGAACAAUCUGUUUAUGGUAAAUCAUAUUUUCAAAUGAAACAUGAUCAACAAAUGGAUAUACAACUAGACGGACAAACGAAUGGGCAAAUGAAUGGGCAAAUUCAUGAACAUAAUAAUUAUAUUCAAAAUAAUAAUAUAACUGGUAUAAUUAAAUUAGUCGAUUUAGAUUUCUCAAACGAAUACAAAUCCUUUUUAUUGAAUAAUAUAAAUAAUACAUAUCGAAUCUCUUUAAUAAAUUGUCUAUGUCUAUCCUACCGUAUUUUAGGGUUAGAAUAUUUUUUGGAUGAGUACUUUUUUUUUACUCAUAAAGAAUUAUUAGCAAAAGAUAUCUUUUUAUUAAAUAAAAUUAUUAAAGAUAGUAACAAAUUAUAUUAUGGUGGCAAUUUUAAAUUCUUGAUGAAUUUUUUUUAUCCCCUAUUAAUUUUUUACAUAGAUUUAUAUCAAAAAGAAGAAGAACAUACAAUAAAAAAAAAGCAAUACAUGGUAUAUAUAAAAAAUGUAUUAAAUCACUUUUCUUCAUCUUUAAAUGAUUGUAUGAAUUUAUAUUAUUUUUUAUCUACUAAUAUAGAAGAUUUAUAUGUAUUAAUAGCCAAAUUUAUAAAUUGUAAUGAUUUUAAUUUGUUACCAAAUUUUAUUCAUUUUUUUCAAAGGCUUUUUUUGUCAACCAUAAAAUUAAAUGAAGGAGAAAAAAAAAUGAUAUUUCUUUUAUCAAAUGAGAAGGAAAACAAAAUUAAAAAUACACAAUGUAAAUAUACACAAAUAAAUAUUCAAAAAAAUAUUUAUUUCUUAAAUCAAAUAGCAGAUAAUUUAUUAAAACUUUUUAUACCUAGAUUUAUAUCAGUAGUAUCAUAUAGUUUUGAACAGAAAUUUAUAUCAAAUAUAAAUAAUAAUAAUAAUAAUAAUAAUAAUAAUAGUAAUAGUAAUAUAAAUGUACAUAUGGUAGUAGGUACAUUUUCAAAUCUUAUACAUUUAUGUCUAUACUUUUCUAAAGAUACCGAUUUUAAUGAAAUGCUAACCAUACUAGAACAACUUAUAUUAAGAAACGAAAUUGAAAAGGAGAUAUUUUCCUUAAUUAGUUUGUUGACUUCUAUAAAAAUAUUUAUACCAUUUUUUAGCUUGCAUCAAAUUAAUAUGUGCUCUGUAUAUUAUCAAAAAUUGAUACAUAUGAUAAAUGUUAUUUAUGAAAUGAAAUCUACUAAUAUAAAUAAAUUAAAUAAAAAAAAAAGUAACCGUAAACAAAUGAAAAGUAUUCUUGUGUCAGAAAAAUUGUAUUGUCAAAAUAUGAAGACACUAAGAGAUUGUACCAGUGUUAAUAAUAAUAAUAAUAAUAAUAAUGAAAUAGAUACUUUAUUAACAAAUCAAGAAACAAUAAAUUCGAUAUCUUUAAAAGAUAUUGAUAAUGUUACUGGUUCCAAAAAAAAAAAUACAAAGGGAAGAAAUAAUGAAGUGUUCAUAAAAAACAAAAAAGGAGUAAUUAAAAGCGCAUUUAAAAAAAAGAGGAAUCAAACAUUAUUACAUGCAGAUAAAUUAAAAAAUAUUAAAAUUAAGAAAGGUUUAAAAGAAGAUAUGGAAAAAUUGAAAUUUGUAAGAAUUUUGUUAUUUGACAAUAUAGCUGUUUUGUUUAAAUAUUUUGGAAAUAUCCUUUUAAAAAAAAAUACAAGAUUGGUUACAUCACAAAGUAAUGAUGAUAAUAUAAUACAUGAAAAUACAAAUAAUGACAAUUUAAAUAAUUCUGAUAUAAAUAUUUCAACAUCGCUAAAUAAUAAUAAGAAUGUAUAUCCAAAAAAAGAUGAUAAUCAUCUAAAUAAAAAUGAAUUAUCCAUUUUGAAUGGUAUAUAUGUAGAUAAUAAAAUAUUAGAACAAAAUUUACCAACAUUAAUGAGAAAAGAAAGCAUUCUUCAAUUUUUUGAAAAUAUUACCCAUUAUAAUAUAAACAAAUAUAUUAAGAAAUUUUAUUUCUAUUUGAAUAGUUUAACAUUUUAUUUAAAAGAAUGUAAGAAAUUAGAUGUGUCUUAUACAAAGCCUUUGUUUUAUGAAAUUCUACCUAUCAUAAUGAAAUCGUUAUUUUUUAUAAAUAAGAAGGUUACAAGCAAACUAAAAAAAAAUGAAUUAUUUAAACAUUUAGUAGAUAUAGGAAGAAGUAAUAUUAAAGAAUUUCUCUUUCAUGUUACCCCUGGAUUAGUUUUAGAAGAAGCGAAUUGUAAAAAAAUAUCUACAUAUAUUUUAUAUUUAUUAAUAAAAAAUUAUAAAAUUGAAUAUGAAUAUCAGGUGCAACUUUUCAGUAUAUGUUUAAUAUUAUCGAAUGCAAGUGAAAAGAAUUUAUUAAAAGUUUUUAUAAAAUAUUUAUUGACAUGUAUAUAUGUUUUUAAUGAAGAUAUUAUAUUAAACAAUAUGAAAGAAUUAAUGAAACUUAUUAAUAAUAUAUCACAAAAUAAGGCUUAUGUGUUUUUAAUUGAAAAAAUACUUUUUAAAUUAUACCAACUUUUAGAACAUGACGAUUUUAUAAAUUACUUAUCUAAAUCAAGUAGAAAAAUAUUUAAUAAUAUGAUCAAAAAGAAUAAAGUUACCAAAAAGAUAAUCAAUGAUGAAGAAGAUGUUGAUACAUUUAAUGUUAAAGAUGGAAAGUAUAAAAAAAGCAUUACAAAUGAAAAGAAAAAUUUGAAGAAAGUUAAAAAUGGUUAUAUAUCUUCAUCGUCAUCAUGUGGUGGUGAAUCUUCUAUUGUAUCCGAUAAUAUAUCUACACAGUUUUCAUCAGAUCAGGAUGAUGAAGAAAAUUUAAAUGAAGAUAUAAAUAGGUUGAAUAUAAAAAUAAAUGGAACAUCAACUAAAGAUAAAGCAAAUAAAAUGAUGUCAAUGAAAAAAAUGAAGAAAAGUACAAAGUGUAAAAAUAAUAAUGCCCUUACCAAAUUUUUGGAAGGUUUACAUAAAUAUAGGGGUGAAAAAGAAACACUCUUUGUUAAAGAUAUUUUAGAUGAACUUCAUUUAAGUAAAAAACAACAACAGAAUAAAAUGAGAGGUAAAAAAAAUAAAAAUACUAAAGCAAUAAAAUACAAUCCUUAUAUUAUCGACUUAUUACAUGAUUUACAAAAAUCAACUUUAAAGAAAAAAUAUAAUAAUCUAAAUGUGUCUUAUACAAAUCAAAAUGAAAUUAAAGAAUUAUUUGGUGAUAAAUUUUUUAUGAAGCAACAAAAAAAUAAAUCUAAAUCUAAAUCUAAAUCAAAUAUGAAACAAGAUGAUUAUUAUACCGAUUCGGAUCAAGAAGAAAAUGUACAAAUGAAUACCGAUGGAAAAAUUAUUAUUCGUUUAGAUGAUGAUAAUACUUUUUCAAAUAACAAAAAGAAAAAAAAUCAUGAUGAAAUUAGUCAGAAAUAUAAUGAUAUAUGUGAAAAACAAAAUAUACAUAACAAAUUUAAACUUUAUAAUAAUAAAUCCAAGAAAAAUAAAUCAAAGAAUGAUCACUUUAUUACAGCACAUAAAAAUAUAUAUAAGUCUAAAAAAGGUAAAGGAGAUAUUAUUAAAAAGAAUAAACUAUUACCUUAUUCCUAUGUAGCUCUUAAACCUGUUAUGACAAGUCAGAAAUAUAGUGCCAAAACUCUUAAGGCAUUUAAAUCAAUUAAAAGUAAUUCAAAAAAAAAGGGGAAAAAUAAAUAA